AUGGAUGAUUGCCUCAGGCUUAUCGAUUCUUGCAAGACACUUUCUUUUGCUCGGCAGAUUCGAGCUCGUCUUGACUGUGCCGGCACUGUGUUUAUCUCCAACAAGCUCAUUGAGAUGUUUGGCAGGUGUGGUGGAGUGCAAGAUGCCGAGAGUGUCUUCUAUGCGAUGGACAAGAGGGAUCCCUUCUCGUGGGAUGCAAUGCUCCUGGCGUAUACGAAAAACUCUUGCCUGACCCAAGCAAGGGUUUUCUUUUUUGAUCUAAUGCCGGAACAGAGCCUCAUUGCCUGGACUGCAAUACUCGUGGCACAUGCCCAAAAAGGGCAUCUUGUUGAAGCAAAACGGCUGUUUGAAAGUAUGCCUUUUAAAGACAUAGUAGCAUGGAACACCAUGAUAAGUGGGCUUGCUCAACACGGACACUUAAGCAGCGCUGAGAUACUCUUUGACCAAAUGCCGCAAAUGCCGGAAAAAAAUUUGGUGACUUGGAAUGCUUUGCUUUCGGCUUUGGCACAAGCUCGACACAUUACUGGCCUGCAAAUUGUGUUCAAUCAAAUGCCACUGUGGAAUCUAGUUUCUUGGACUUCGGUGCUGACCGCAUAUUCAAUUGACCGGCAUUUUGAAAAGGCUGAGCUGACUUUUAAGGCCAUGCCCGUAUGGGAUUUGGUUGCCUUCAAUGCCCGGCUGACAGCCUCUUCUCAAAACGACUCUUAUGAGAAAACAAAGAGAAUGUUUGAGAAGAUGCCAGAGCGUAACUUUGUCUCUUGGAAUGCAAUGCUUUCAACGGCUAUUGCAAGCCGUGAUCUUGAUUCCGUAAAUUCAUUGUAUAAUAACAUGCCUCAGCAUAGCUUUUAUACUUGGAAUAUUGUUUUGGCUGCAUACACACACUAUGGCCUUAUGGAAAAACCGAAGGAUAUGUUUGAGACGAUGCCGGAGGAGGAUCUUAUUUCUUGUAACACUAUGCUUUCUGGAUAUGCCCAAAACCGGAAUCUAGAGCUUGCCAAAUUCAUGUUUGAUAGAAUGCCACAAAGGGACCUAUUUUCCUGGACUGCUCUUCUCUCUGGUUUUUCACAAAAUGGCUUUAUUCAGGAGGCUACUAGUGUGUUCUACCAAAUGCCAAAGAAGGACUUUGUUGCAUGGAGCGCCUUUCUUUCAGCACAUGCCCAAAACGGGCACCUUUUAUACUGUAAGUUGCUAUUUGAGAGAGCCCCAGAGCAAGAUUUAGUGUGGAGUGCAAUGUUGUCUGCAUAUGCCCAUAAUGGUCACUCUAAAGAGGCUAUUGAUCUUUUUGAUGCCAUGAAACUCAUGUCUAUACCCAAUGACAUAUGUUUUUUAUCUGCUCUUCUCGCUUGUAGCCAUGUUGGAAAAACCCACACAGGUCACUACUGGUUUUUGUCGAUGCAAGCUGACUUUAAUGUCAGACCCAACCAGCAGCACUUUUGUUGUAUUGUUGAUCUUUUGGGACGUGCUAGCUAUUUGGUUAAUGCAGAGGAUUUAAUUGCUAAUAUGAGCCGGAUAUUUAGAGUGGACGUGUUUUCUUGGAGCUUGCAAGAGUCACAGCCAUGUUACAUUUGGAACUAA